AUGCGGUCUUCAGUCUCUACUGCUACAGUGCCGUCAAAGGAGCCUACCCCUCGAGGUUUUACUGUAAAGGCAGAAAAGCAGGAUGAGCCGAUUGGAGAGAAUGAACACGACCACUUUUUCUGGACAUACACCGAAGAGCCGCACAGGACACGGCGAAUGGCCAUUAUCAAGGCACACCCAGAGGUAACGAAACUCUGUGGUCCCGAACCUCUUACCAAAUACGUCGUUCUGCUCGUUGUAUCGAUACAAGUCCUUUGCGCAUACCUCCUUCGCGAUACGCCAGUGAUUUCAUGGCCUUUCUUCCUCACCGCAUACGUAAUCGGUGCUACGGCGAACCAGAACCUCUUCCUCGCCAUUCACGAGAUCUCACACAACCUUGCAUUCCGAUCGCCACUGGCAAACAGAGUCUUUGCCGUCUUCGCGAAUUUGCCUAUUGGUAUCCCGUACAGCGCCUCUUUCAGGCCCUACCACCUGACACACCACAAGUCGCUAGGUGUCAACGCUGAUACUGACCUGCGACUGCAUCGAGCAUCUUCUCGACUCGUGCUGCAAGCCUUCUUUGCGACAUCCAGAUCCUCUCUACGCUCUCCGACCCAUGUCGUCUACAGCCUACCAAUGACCAAGAUCCACCUCUUCAAUGUCGUGGUACAAUUGGCCUUUGACUACGCACUCGUCCAGUUUGCAGGAGGAAGGGCAUUAGGAUACCUGAUCAUGAGCAGCUUCCUUGCGGGCUCGCUCCACCCCUGCGCAGGUCAUUUCAUCGCUGAGCACUACGUUUUCGAGAAGCCGAACAAAGACGCGUCAAACUCUGUCAACAAGAUCCCGCUCCCUGAGACGUAUUCGUACUACGGCCCCCUUAACUUCUUCACGUACAAUGUCGGCCUGCACAACGAGCAUCACGAUUUCCCCGCCAUCCCUUGGACCCGUCUCCAUGCUCUCAACAGAAUUGCGAAUGACUUCUACAAGGACUUGCCACAGCAUAAGAGUUGGGUAUACGUAUUGUAUCAGUUCAUCUGGGAUAAGGAUAUCAGCCUCUGGUGCCGUGUAAAGCGCGAAGAGGGCGGACGCAAGGUUGGCGCUGGGAGUGGCUGGAACGAAGAGGAGCUGGGCUCCAAUGAGAAGAAGGGCCCCAUUCCGGGUGUUCGAUAA